UCAGUCUCCGGAUGAAAUGAUUUCAAGACCCAGGAUGCAGAAACGGGAUAGUUUCCUCAUGGGUCAAGGAUCUGCGAUGCUUUUCCCGAUUAUUGAUCCUGAUCCCAAGAUCGUUUCGAAUCAACUGCCCAACACCAUCAAAGUAGGACCCAUCGAACAGCACCUGGAGGUCAUGUGUGGCCUACUGAGACAGGACGAUACCAUCGCACUGGCUGUCCGAUUGGAGUGUGCGAAAUCCCAGCGAUCCCGAUAUUUUUUGCUCACUUCCAACAGUCAGCGAUUGGAAUUUGGGGAGAAUAUCAUCCUUGGAGUGGAUAUCAAGGAAAACAAAAGUGAACAAGAAUGCACUAUCGGAUUGGUGCUGCCAGUAUGGAGUGAUACACAAGUAUUCUUAGAUGGCGAUGGGGGAUUCAGUGUCACCAGUGGCUGCCGAACCUGUCUCUUUAAGCCAGUCAGCGUCCAGGUGAUGUGGACAGUGCUUCAAUCUUUACACAAAGCGUGUGAGGAGGCUUCUCAGUUCAAUCACUACCCUGGAGGCAGUGGGAUCCUCUGGGCUAACUAUUACAUGGACCGGAUCACAUCCAGUCAAAAAUGCAUCAACGAGUGGAACGCCAUGGCUGACCUACUGUCUGUCCGCCCGGAGUCACCAGGAAUUCCCAGCACACCAACCGAGCGGGAUCUGACGGAGCGCCGGAUUCGCUCUGGGCUCCGAAUUGUCAUGGUUGACAUGGAUUUGGAGAAAGCCACAUCGAAAGAGAUCCGGACUGCCCUGGAACUUCACAUGAAGCAGGAGCUGAAGGAAUACAAAGGUUUUAUUGACAAUGAGAUGUUGCUAGUUCUUGCACAGAUGGACAAGCCAAGUAAAAUAUUUGAUUAUCUUUACCUGGGUUCAGAAUGGAAUGCCUCAAACUUAGAAGAAUUGGAACAGAAUGGAGUGGGCUACGUCCUGAACGUGACUCGGGAGAUUGAUAACUUCUUCCCCGCCCGCUUCGAGUACCUGAACAUUCGGGUCUACGACGAAGAGGGGACCGACCUCCUGUCUCAGUGGGAGCAAUCGUAUCGCUUCAUCCUGUCUGCUCGCUCCAGUGGUUCUCGGUGUCUGGUACACUGUAAGAUGGGAGUGAGCCGAUCAGCCUCGACAGUGAUGGCCUAUGCUAUGAAGGAGUACGACUGGGAUCUGGAGCAGGCCUAUGCAUAUGUGAAGGAACGGCGCAGGGUGGUCAAACCGAAUUCAGGUUUCCUGAACCAGCUCCGGAUUUAUCAGGGAAUUCUCAAUGCCAGCAAACAGCGCCACAAUUUCCUGUGGAGGAGCUGCUCUGAGCCUGAUCUUGCUGAACUGUCUGAGGAAGCGGCCCAGGGGGAAGGCCCAAGACGAUCGCAGGAUGACUCCGACACAGGGACCCGGCUGUCGGGACAGCUGCUCCACUCACCAAGGCCUCGCUCUCCCUCAGCCUCCCCACUGAGGCCUCACUCGCCCUCGGCCUCCCUGCUGAGGCCUCACUCGCCCUCGGCCUCCCCACUGAGGCCUCACUCGCCCUCGGCCUCCCCACUGAGGCCUCACUCGCCCUCGGCCUCCCCGCUGAGGCCUCACUCGCCCUCGUCCUCUCCCCCAGGCCCUCGUUCACCCUUGGCCUAUCCAUUGAGGCCUCACUCGCCCUCGGCCUCCCCCCCGAGGCCUGACUCGCCCUCGGCCACCCCCCCGAGCCACAGUCCGGCCUCAGCCUACCUCUUCAGGCCCCUGAGGGAGUCGCCGGGCGAGACGCCUGCCCCUCCCCCCCUGUCCCCCCGGGUCCCCUCCAUCCACGUCCGGGAGGCCCCAGGCCCUGCCGGCGGCGGCCCUGAGGGCGGGGAGCAGCUGAAGCCUGGCCUUUGGGCGCCCGAGCCCCUGACACCCUCCUUGAGGGAGAAGAUUGACCUCUUGACGCUCAUGUGGCAGGUGAAGGAGAUGGAGAGGCUGCAAGAGGCCUCGGACUGCAGCAGCAGGCCCCCAGCCUCUCAGCGAGCUCUAGCCUGGCGUCGGAGGGCCUACUCCGUGCAGGUCUCGGGGCUAGAGGAGCACGACUGGAGCAAGGUCUCGCCCCAGCCCGAGAGUUCCGGAGCGGGAGAUCUGUCCUGGCCCAGGUCCCCGGGCGCCCGCCCAAGGCGGGACCAGAGGAAGUCGCAGGGCGCCCCGCGCCAUCUCCAUCACUACGCCACAGUCGACCUGACAGAGGAGGAGGAGGAGGAGGAGGAGGGGAAGGAGGAGGGGGACCUCCUGGUGACGGGCGAGACUUUGGGGGCCACGGCUCAUGGGGUGGGGCUUCACGCCGGGGUGAGGCCUGGUGCUGAGGCGGACGACGGAGGAGGAGGAGGAGGAGGAGGGGGGAAAGUGCGGGUAGGCCCGGGGCUGGUCACUCUCGAGAGGCCGGCCUUCAAGCACCGGGACUCAGUGGCUGCACUGCAGGAAGCAGGACUGGUGUCCCGCAGGAGAAAGGAAUUUGUCUGGCAGGGGGUCCCGGCCGAGGAGGAGCCCGAGGACACCCCAUCCCAGUAA